CAAACUGACAGUUCAGCAUAAAAUUAUGCAUACUGAUAUUUCUUAUCUGCCUACUCAUAAGCCACGUACAGUUACUCAGCAUAAUUUAACUGCCUUGCAGAUCGCUACACUAUUUUAUGAAGAAGUUUGUCAUAUAUUAAUGUGUCUUCCAAAGUAAUAGCUGCAUUGGAGAGUUAGAAACUUGUAUUUUUGGCCUUGAAAGAGACUGACCAGUUGACGAAAGCCUCAAAGUCAAAAAUGCUACUGGCAGCCAAUGAUUUUGUUUCAUUCAUCAACAGAUCACCAUCCCCAUUUCAUGCUGUAGAUGAGAUCAAACGAAAACUGCUUGCCCAUGGGUUUGUGGAGCUGCUGGAUCGUGACAGCUGGUCAGUCAAACCUCUGCAAAAGUAUUUUGUGACAAAGAACCAAUCCACUAUUAUUGCCUUUGCGGUUGGGGGAAAAUAUCAACCGGGAAAUGGAUUUAGUAUAGUGGGUGCUCACACAGACAGUCCAUGUCUUAAGGUGAAACCUGUCUCUGGCAAAGUUCGCAAUGGUUUCUGCCAGGUAGGUGUAGAAUGUUAUGGUGGUGGCAUAUGGAGCACCUGGUUUGAUCGAGACCUGACUGUUGCAGGUAGAGUUAUUGUUAAGGAAGGAGAUAAUCUGGCACAUAGACUAGUAAAUAUUGAGCGGCCGAUACUGAGAAUUCCACACCUUGCUAUCCACCUUCAACGUGAAAUCAAUGAAAGUUUUGGUCCAAAUAAAGAAAAUCAUCUGUGCCCUAUACUUAACACGGUUGCUCAGGCUCAGCUAGAAGGGCAGCUACCUUCUGAAGAAGGACAACAAACCGGCAUCGCUAGUAAACACUCUCCACUCCUCAUCAAGCUUCUCUGUGAGACACUGGAAGUUUUGCCAAAUCAGCUGCGAGACUUCGAACUUUGCCUUGCAGAUACACAGCCAGCCACUAUAGGAGGAGCAUUGGAGGAGUUCAUUUUCUCUCCAAGGCUUGACAAUCUCCUGAAUGCUUACUGUGCCUGCCAGGGUCUACUGGAUUCAUUGUCUGACGGAAGCUUAGAGACAGAUCCAAAUGUCCGUAUGAUCAGUCUCUUUGACAAUGAAGAAGUGGGGUCUACAAGCGCACAAGGUGCUGACUCAACAUUCCAGGAGCUAGUUCUCCGUCGAAUCGGUGUUGGCAGUGGUUGUCCUACUGCCUUUGAGGAAUCCAUCAGCAAAUCCUUCAUGAUCAGCGCCGAUCAGGCCCAUGCACUUCAUCCUAACUACUCAGAGAAACAUGAGAGCAACCAUCAGCCUAGCUUCCAUGGGGGUAUUGUAAUAAAAUUCAAUGCCAACCAGAGGUAUGCCACCACAGCCAUAACAUCAGCUAUUGUCCGAGAAGUGGCUGAACGUGUUGGUGUCCCACUGCAGGAUUUUGUGGUGCGAAAUGAUUCCACGUGUGGCUCCACUAUCGGACCUAUUAUGUCUGCAAAGCUGGGUAUGGCAACAGUUGAUGUUGGUGCUCCUCAGCUGGCAAUGCAUUCAAUCCGUGAGAUGGGAGACACCACAAGUGUUGUACAUGCCACCAACUUAUUUAGGGGAUUUUUCCAGUUCUUUCCUACCAUCCAAGCUUCUCUCAAAUUCUAACCAGGGCCUAAAUGUGGAAUUUAACAAUAACCAAUUGGAAAAGUAUGAUGACAACCUUCUGCCACAAUCAGAUGCCUUGCUGCUAACACUCCUGUAACAUGUAUGCAGCAAAUGCUGACAGAAAUGGCCAUCUAACUGACUUGAAUGAUGAGCCUUCCUGCCAUCUUUUGUCACUCUAAAUAUAGUAACAAGAUUUCAAGACAUUUUUUAAAAUGCUCAGUCUUUUUCAUUCUUCUUGAAGAGAUCUUUAUUUUGUAAAUCCAGUGGUACUUUAUCACUGUAAGUUUCUAAGUGUUAAACUAUAUUAUAAUCUAUAAUGUGUCCAUGCCAGAUAUUUACAUUACAAUAGUUUGCAAUUGUUUAUUAAAUCUUUUACUGUUUUUCACAUCUAAAUAAUCCUUUAUAGAAGUGUUUUUGAAUUGUCACACAUUUCACAUGCUAUGUAUUUUUUUUAUUUAUUAAAGAUUUAUAGCUAUAUACAAGUACAUUCUCUUUCUUGGUCACUUGACAAAUUUUUAUCCAUUUACCAUAGUACCAUUUUUCAAAUGCUGCAUCUCCAUUAUCCACAUAAGCUAAUUUAGUUUAAUUUAUUGACAUUACAUUAAGUCAGCUUAUCUUUACAUAAUAUUUUCUUAAACAUUCAUUUAUACUUUUCAUUUUUUUAACUUUUUUAUGUUUCCUUCAACCUGUGGCUCAGUGGCUGAACGUGUCUUGUAUCAUAGCAUAUUAUUGUUAGUGUUUUCUAAAUUCUAUUUCCUUAUUAUCAUUGGUCAGCGCAGAGAGCAUAGCCUGUUGUGGUUGUGCUGAGUGAUAAAAGUGCUUUAUUAUUAUUAUUAUCCAGGUAGAAAAAAAUUUUCAGACCUCCAGCUGCAAAAAAGAGGAAGACAAAAAAAAAUUCAAACAAGUGAAUCAGCCAUUAAACAGAAAAAGAGAGGGCCCAUACCAACUUAAUGUACACAGUGAAAGAAAUUGUACAGGAGCUGGAGGAGGGGAACAAAUUUGUGUUUUAUGUCUAGCCAGCAGCUAAGCAUACACUAUAGUUACAUAUGCCUUGCGCAGAGAAAGAACAGUAGGUUCUAAGCAACACAGGACAGAUGGUACUCUCUGCUAAUGGUUACAAAUAUAACUUGUGCCACUGGUCUCCUAGAAAUGUUACUUUGCAAUCAUGAUGCCAAGGAACUGCAAAGCCAAGUAAAAUGAUGUCUGCAUGACAAGCUUGUUUCAGUCAACAGAGAUCGAGGCAUAUAUAGUACGUGUUUCGAGUGAAAAGGUGGUGUCGCGACCACACAAAACUCACAAGGGUAACAGAAAAUCAGCUUUACCCAGACUAAAUACCUUGUGUCACCAAGAGCCUAAAAAUUUAAGAGCUGAAUAAACGUAGAUUUAUCGACUUCUGUCGGGCCGCCGAUUCUGUAUACAUGCAUGUGGAUCAAAAUUAAAGUUGUCGUUUCGAC